GCAACGUGACAUCCACCCACAUAGGGACUGGCGAGUGGCUGAGUGAAGUGAAAACACAUGGGACUGCCAGGGACAGAGUAUGAUACAGUACUAAUAGACGUUACGUGGUCACGGGUACGUUUCACCUUGGCGUGAAGCAGGCAAUCUUUGGUAGUAGUUCAAGGCGUCCCAACCACGGAACAGUCGGACUUGACAGAAGGUGCAUGGAUCCGACGUUACAAAACAAGUUCAGCUCAACCGAUUGGAAGACCGAUUCCACCGCCAGCAAGACAGACAUAACUCGUCAUUACAACAUGGGACUUCUCUGAUCUUCGCGGACCCCAGUAUCGUCCAAGAUCAUGACGGUGCGCUACACCAAGCCCCUGGAUGGAGGAUGGGGCUGGGCCGUGGUGCUGGCGGUGUUCGUCAUCUGCGCAUGCACCAUGGGAGUCACCCGGUCCUUCGGCGUGUUCUUCAUCGAGUUCGCCUCGCAGUUCGACCAACCGGCAACUGCCACGUCAUGGGUCAUCUCCGUCGCUAUGGCAAUAACAUUUGGAGGAGCGUUUUUCGGUGGGAUGUUCGGCACAAUGUUCGGCUUCAGACCGGUGGCGAUGGUGGGCGGAGUCCUGGCGGCGACUGGGUGCAUUCUGACGUCAUUCGCGGGCAGCAUAGUUCACCUGUACCUCACCACGGGGGUUCUCACAGGUUUCGGUUCGUCCCUGGCGUUCAUCCCAAGUAUGAGCAUGGUGGGGAAGUACUUCGACAAGAAGCGGGCCAUCGCUAACGGCAUCGCCUUCUCGGGUGUCAGCGUGGGCAACAUCGUGUUCCCUCUCAUCUUCACGUACCUGAUAGAGGAGUACGGGUGGAGAGGGUCGUUCCUGAUCGCUGCCGGAGUCAUGCUCAACAUCACAGCUUUCGCGGCCUUGUUGAGACCGAUCCAGUUGGCUGUCCCGUCACUAGGGACUGACGCACAAGCACCAGCAAACGCCCCGCCAACGCUUCGCAACGGGUCCUCAGGCGCAGAGCAAAGAGGCUUGCCCCGGGACGAUUCUGAAAUGGGGUCACCAGCGGGGGCUGGUCCUACCGACGACAUGAAAGUUGCAAUCGUAUCAAACGGGAAGUCAGCAACGCCAACUCCUAGAAGUCCUGGGAAGAUGAUUCUGGCUCAGUGGAAGUCACUCUUGGCCUACAUUCCAUUCGUGUGUCUGACAAUCUCCGUAUUCCUUCUCGGCUUCGGGUUCUUCAUUCCCAUCGUGCACAUGGCCCCGCGCGCAAGGUAUCUCGGGAUCGAGCAGUACCAGGCGGCGUUCUUGAUCUCGAUGAUCUCCAUAGGAGAUGUUGUUGGUCGUAUAGCGUCGGGGUUUCUCCCGACAUCUCGUAGACUCCGUCUUCUCCAUUGGUACAUCUUGUCCAUGUUGGGCAUGGGCACUACAUCGCUAUUGUCACCGCUGGCAAACACGUACGCAACGUUAGCCACUUACAGCAUCUUCUAUGGAAUCCUGGGAGGAGCAAGCAUGUCCAUAUCACUCACAGUCCUGGCGGAGUUGGUUGGUCCUGCAAGGCUUUCCAACGCCAUGGGCCUGAUGACACUGCUGAUGAGCGUGGCAAUCCUGGGUGGACCACCUGUCGCUGGAGCGCUGUACGACGCUACUAAAUCAUACAACAUGUCGUUCAUCGUGGCCGGAUGCGCGCCCGUCCUAGGGGGACUGAUAGCCGCCAUCUUGAUGUGCCUUGGGGACGAGAACGUUCGCCGGGUGUCUGGGAGGGAGAGUUAUUCGGCGGUUACCGAUCCCGCCAACGGAGACCAUCCAAGCGUCGUCAAGUCAAACGACAAGGAAAUUUUGAAGCCGUUUGUGAUCGAAACAUCAGUGUAACAUGUUUUUGUAAAUCUUGCUCCCAAUGUUUUCAUCAAAGCCUUGUCUGACAAGGCAACAGUUGACGUUUGUUUCAUUGGUACGCAUUGGUACCGUUGCUGAUUGCAGCAUGCAUUUUCCUGAAAGGGAGGGGGGGGGGGGCAUGGAAGGUUUUCCAUAUCAUGAGAUGCCAUAGACCUUUUCAUUAACAUUUUGGGGCCAAGAAAACAACAUUUUAGCAAAGCUUAAAAGAAAGAUUAUAUAUCUCAGUCAACACAAGUUCCAUAGAGCUGAUGCCCCUCCCCCUGUCACUUGAUUUUCUACUCAAGACAAAUGAUGUAUCUGUAAAAAUUAAAAGUAUGUACUAUGUACUUUGAUGGUAACUGUCGUAACAAAAGGAGCAAUCCAUGUAUACAUGUGCAAACCGUGCCCCCAGAGCACACCAACUGCAAUAUGCUGUUUACAUUGUCUUUGUUGCGUACUUAUCCAGGUAGAAGUAUAUCACACAAUAUCGUAUAAAAGCAAUAGUUUACGUGUACUCGUACGUAUUUGAUAACAUUUUCUAAUAGAUAUGCUUUGGCUACAGCUAUUUCUAUUCUUAACAUGCACAUGUUGUGUCUUGAGGUUAUCACAAACAUGUAUGCUGUUGCCAAAUGGUUUAAGAUUAUAUCUUGUGAAUAUCUACAC